ACUCUGUAUCGAGUAUAAUAAUCGUCCUGCACCAUAAAAGACGUGUAUCCAGUGACUCAUGAACUAUUAACCGGUAGUUUUCCCAUUACAUUAUAAUCAUUACAAGUUCGUAACCAAAAUAGAGGUGUGCUUUCAUUUCAACUUGAGAAACUGAGUUGGGGGGAAAACUGAUCUAUUAGCAAAAAUAACAACGAGCACAAUGGCAGAUUUGGACGCAGUAAGUGUUUAUUUUUCAAAAUUUUUCAUGAUAUAUUAUAUAUUAAUUUUAUGAUAAUAAGUAAAUUAUUAUAUUAUCAUAUUUACAACAUUCACACUUCAAAGUAUUUCGACAUAAUAAUAUUAAUAGUAUCCUUAUGACUUAUGAGGCCUAAUGCCUAAUAGUAAUGCUUAUACUUAUCUGAAAUUAUCACAAUCAAUGGAAUGUAGGCUAUGCCAUCAUUGGCAUUGGUCAACUUAUGCUUUAUUUAUUUUAUAAUGGUAAAAGUGCAGUUCAGGUGCGUAUAUUAUUUCUUAACGCAUUUCGUAUUUUAAAAAUUUUUUAUCAUGUUAACUUACGUGUAUUCUUUAAUUAUUAAAUACAGGCAUUUAACUAAUUCUGAAUUAUAAGUCACAUCUUUUCUUUUUAUUUUACUUCUAAAGAGUCUUUAACCAUCCCCCAACCAAAGUGAGACGGCCCCAUUUGUUUGUAUUUUUCUUUUCACCCUAUGCCAGAUUUUUUAGCCACCUAUAAGUUAGUAUGCUAAACGAAAUUUUCAAACUUUAAGCAUGUUCACAAAAAAGAAUGAAAUACUAGAUUUUUCUUUUUCAUUACGCACAAGCCCCCCCCCCCCACCCCACAUUAUUUUUUUCAUCUCAGAGCGCUCGGGAUAUAGGGGUUGUCCUUUGAAGUCGGGUGGGGGGGGGGGGAUUAGAAGAGGAUCACUGACUAAGGCAGUGGACACACACGUCAUCAUUGUCCUGGACCUGGAGGGAAGCUGAAAAAAGAAAAGGAGGGGGGGGGGUGCACGAAUCCGUGCCAAUGUGUGAUCACAUGUCCACUUUGAAAAAAAUAUAUUUGUGACGUUGCACAAAUGGGGGAAAUCGGAAUGAUAGCGUUGGGUCAUUUUGAUAGUCAUCUCAUCCUGAAGGCUGCUAAUACGGUGUCCGUGAUUGGUCAGCUCUAAUUUGACUACCCCUCUCUUUUUUCGUAUGCAAAUGCUCUUAUUAAUGGUGACUGAUUUGCGCUGAGUAAAGUGAGGGCUAGUGAUUAAUUUUUUUAUAUUAUAAGACGGACUCGUUUUGGCUUUGCGGUAUUGCUGGUUGUAGGAUCAUUUUGUUUAAAAUGGCAGGACGACCAAGAAACAAUAACUAAAAUUGUUGAUGCAACAGGCAUUUUAAAUGGUGCAGCAUUUGGUUUAAACGCGCACCUUGUGGGGCAACAAAUAACGUUAAUACAACUGGCAUUUCUCCUAAGGCGCUCGUAACAAUUGCAAUGUGGCUUGUAAGCUGGGUUCGUAUGUCAAGUAUGUGAGCUGCCUAUAAUUACCGGGAUCUGCAUAUCACCCCAAACGGGAUCUCACCGUAACCGGUAUCCCACCGGGAUUGGUAACCCACUGGAUCGGGAUCCCACCGGGAUCAGGAUCUCACUUGGAUCAAAAUCCUAUCGGGAUCGGAAUCUCACCGAAACGGGAUCCCACCGGAAUCGGGAUCCCACCGGGUUGGGAUCUCAUUUAGUUUGGGAUCUCAUUUAAUUUGGGAUACCACCAUGGGAUCCCAUCAUGAUCCUUCCGGGUGCCAUCGAAAACGGGAAAAACGAAAAGUUUACAUAAGUUAUUUUAAGUGCUUUUAUAGGAGACAAAUUAAUUAUUAUUUUUUUUUACUAUAGUGUUGUUGUUUUGUUGUUGACAUUUCCUUUAAUAGCAAUGUGAACUAAAAGGACGUAGCAGAUGGUUUUUUCUGAAUGCAGCCCCGGGCAACUCCGGUUAUAGUUGAUAGUAAAGUUAUAAAAUAAAUACAUCAUUUAUUUUAACUAGAUUCAUCCUAUUGGGCAACUUUUAUAAAGUAUCUUUAAAGACAGAAGAGUUAUCCUUGAUUUGCCACAACGGCUCCGUAAAACACGAAAGAUUCAUAAAAAUGUAUUUUUUUUAUCUCGUAAAAUUUGUUAAAUUGUUGUUGUAUUCCAAUAAAAAGAUGGUAUAAAACUUUUAAAAUACUUUUUAUAAAGAAUUAACAUAAAUUUACACGGUAAAAUAAGAGAUUCAAACAGAAAUAAUAUACGCACCUGAACUGCACUUUUACCCUUAUAAUUUACUUCAUCUACUUUAGCGGAGUAAAUUAAAUGCAAAUCGCGUUUUGUUUUAAAGUUGACUUUUUAAUAAAUGAAAUGAUCAACCCAUCUCAUUAUUAAAUAUUAAAAGUAAAAUACCAUCUUUUUGUUCCAAUAAAAUAUAAAAUAAUAAAACCAUGCCAUUGAAUAUUAUUAAAAAAUGGGAAGCGUUAUCCACACAGCUCUGCGAAUAAUGUUGAGCGUUAUCGACAGACCUAAAUCUUCGAAUAAUGCAGAGCGUUAUUGUUAGACAGACAUUUUAUCAUAAUUACGCAAAUUUCUAGAAAUAAUUAGGAUCACAUUCCAAGCUGGGGUUGGGGUGGAGUUUUAAGUAGUGUAGGAUCUAUCGAUCUUUAAUGAGUAUGGCAUAAACACAUUUCAAAACCGAAGCUAUGCACAAAUUAAAUUUAAAAAAUUUAAAAGGCAUUAAAUUUAAAAAAUUUAAUAGGCCUAACUAUAGCCUAUAUAUUGGAUGUAGGACAAUUAAUUGUGCCCACAUCUGCUCUGUUAGGGGCCAACAUAGGGUCUAUUCGACCUAUAGAGUGUUACUAAUAUAUCCAUUCAAAUCUCCUAGACAUAAGAAAUAACAGUAAUAAAAAUGGUACCAGUAUUCUUCAUGUAGGUUCACAUUCACCCACUUUAGAGAGGUCUUAAAAUGAUGUCAAAGCUUGAUAGGGUAUCGUUUAGUUUUUUUAAAGCCCUAUGAUAUAUCACCUAGUCCAGAAAUGUUCUGUCAGAAAUAGUUGCAGGGCCAUGCUGUGCAACAGUGUUAUGAUGCAGAGAGGUGGCUGCAUCAGGCAGCCAUGUGAGAGAUGGGGAGGGGCAAAUAGGCCCUACAUCGAUAAUAACAGAAUCUAAUACUGUUAAAGUUUAAGGCUAGUAUUUUUUCCUGAUACUUGAGGGUGUCCCUUAGUCAACCCAGCUCUGGCAAUAGCUGGUAAAAAGUAAAGGUGGCUGGUUAUUGCGCUGGCCAUACACUCAAACUUGUAAACGCUGCUUCAAUAGGCCCAUGGGUAGGCCAAUAUGAUCUGAAGGAGAACUUUACUUCCCCAAGAGUCGCAAUGCAUCCUAUGACCAGCAAGGUUCCAAAUAAUUUUUUUAUGCUUUUUUUAUAUUUAGACCAAUAGUUACACCAGUGGCAGUAUUGCUUUUUAUAUUUAGACCAAUAGUUACAACAGUAGCAGUAUUGCUUUUUAUAUUUAGGCCCAUAGCUACAAUAGUAGCAGUAUGGCUUUUUGUUUCAAAUUAUCAACAUUUUUUUACAAGAGCUAAAAUUGUUGAUGUCACUGAUAUGCUUUAAGUAUGUUCAUUUCAUUGUCAUUACUAAGUGUUAUUUCAACUAUUCUGGAGCGGCAUAUUGUAUCCAUACUUAUGAUACAAUUUAGAAACUACCACUAAACAAUUAAAACAUGAAAUAUUUUUUUAGAUAAACAUUAAUACAUAACUCUGAGAUAUAAAAAAUUUGAAUAAGUAAGUUGUUAAUGUUUAUUUGUUUAUUAGAGAACAAAACAAAUGGAUGUUAAAGUCUAUGGAUGGAAGUAUACAAAGAAAAUUAAACAGUCAAAAGAGCUUAAAGUAUAUCACAAUGUACAGUUAGAACAGCUGUAUCUGGCUGAAACAUUGUUUAUGCAGCUAAUCUGCAUGUCCAUGUUGUUUAAAGUUUUUUGACGAAACUUGAAUAAACAUUCUAACAAAAUAGAUUGAAACUAGAAUUUUGAAUACCUACGUUGUCGGACAGAAUGAAAAGUAUAAUAAAAUUGUAUAAAUAAAAAGUAUAAUAAAACUAUAUGAAAAUAAUAAUAAUAAUGAUAGUAAAACUAUGUGAACAGAAUAAUAAAGCUAUAAUAUAACAAUACGAAAAUAACUUUAAAAUAUUUUUUUAAAAAAAUAUUUAUUUGUAAAAAGUAGUUUCCCCGGCGGGGAAUCGAACCCCGAUCUUCCAGGUAACAGCCGGAGAUACUUACCACCAUACUACCAAGCAGAUAUCUGCAAGCGAACUUUGUAUUUUAUAUUCAUAAUUUAAUUUAUCAUAUUCUGCGAAUAAUGCCGAGCGUUAUCGGCAGACCCAAAUCUACGAAUAACUGCGAGCGUUAUCGGCACAGCUCUGUGAAUAAUCACUUCGAAAAAAAAAUUGUACGAGAUAAAAAAAGUACAUUUCAUGCAACUUUUGUCAUUCACAUCGCCAUUGUGAGGCGUCAUCAGGUGGCACAUUUUCUAUAAUAUAUCCUGGGGCUGUAGUAGUUUCAGGUUUGACAAGAAUGCCAAAUGACAUAGGAGAGAAAAGGGUGCACCACCAAAACCCCAGAGUAAAACAGCUCAAAGACUGACCUAUGCUGCUAUGCUUAGAUUAGGGUGACCCUAAUCAUGAACUGGAAAAAACGGUUUGGGUGGAUACCCUCUAGCUAAAGAGGGGUCUGGGGUCCUCCGCCGAAAACUGUUUAUUUAAAUAUGCUCAUUUCAACCUUUUUGAGACCCAGAAAUCUUUUUAAAUUUACCUUCACUAUUGUAAUUUAAUUUAAACUCUGAGGCAUAUUAUAAACGAAAACAAUAAUUUUGCAGUGAAUAAUUAUUUAUUUAUACAUAUUUUACAACAUCAUAUCUAUGGCAAGGACACUCGUUUACGCAGCGUUGGCAGAGUGGUGGAGGGGGAACAGUGCAGCCGUCACGCGAGACCACAUCACUACUGGCACUGGCUACACAGCUAGCCAAAAUAUUACUUGAAGUUAUAUUAUAAAUUAGGAAGUUUUAGUUAUUUGAAAAUGUGUUUGGUUUUAGAAACGGGACAUGUAGGCGACCCGAGAGACUUUUUCGGGACACCGGGUACGAUCGUAAAAAAACGGGACAAUCCCAUUUGUACGGGACGUUUGAUCACCCUAGCUUAGAUGGAUAGACUAUAGACAAUUUUCAAUGUAGAAAAAGAUCUACAGUAGCUGGGAAUACAUGGAAAAGAAAAGCAUCAGUAAGAUCUGAGUGGAAGAAAGCGGUGAGGCAGCGCCAAAGCCCUACAUUGACUGUAAGGCCACAGGGAUGGAUGUAGUUUCAGGCUCUGCCCUCGGCAUCGCUAACAGUCCUGCUUGGAUUAAUGACAUCACACAACUAGUUCUUUUGUUUUUUGUUGUGGUUGGGGGGGGGGGGGGGGUGAAGAGACAAUGUUUGAUAAAAGUGUAUAAUUUUUGUUACAAAUUUGUGACUACUUCAUUAUCAUUAAAUAGUUGGUGAUUUCAUAAAGGCAAAAAGAGGGCAAAAAAUGAAAUAUACUGCCAUAUGGAAGUGAACACCAGAGCAAACAGAUUACAAAUAAAGCAAAAUGAGUCCGUCCUACCGCAUAUAAUUUCUAACAAUGUCUCCCAAUGUUAACUCGAGGCAAAGUCAACUUGGGUGUCCACUAACUAGUUAAGACCCGCCUAUCAAAUUAGAACUGACCAACUACAAACCUCUUACACCCCUUAUUUGCCUACUAUGAGUUGACCUACAACUGCCAAAAGAAAUCUUUUUCACUUGCAUAUGAAAGGGGCUUUGGAGGAUUUGAAACUGAUAAGGAUUUUAAAUUAAUUUUAUCUUGAUAUGGAUAUAAAAAAAAAAGAAAACGAAUCAAGAUUUCUUUAAAAAUAAAUAAAUAGAAAAUGGUCAUACAAUAAGUCGCUUUGACAUGGCUGUGAGGAACUGUUGCUUCAUAAAGCAAGAAAGACUUGGUUCACUAAAUAAAUCCAAAACUGUUUAUUUCCAUUUGCUAUGACAACAGCAGUUGAUAGGAACACAUUUGCCAUUCAUGUCAUGUUAGAGAGGAAGAGAAAUUAAUAAAGAUCCCAUGAAAAGAAGUUGAAAGUAACUAUAAAUAUAAUGACUUGAUUGGUGUAGCUCCAUAUACACGAUCUCAACACUAACCAUUAAAUCAGUAAACAACAGGAACAGUUUCAAAAGCUUUGCAAAUAGGGGUCAAAUCCUGUGGGGAAACUCACCCAAAACAGGAUGUCUAAAACUGAAAACUGAUUAGCCAAAAAAUAAUGGUACUAACAUUCCUAAUUUUAAAUUUAAAAAAAAAUAAAUAUUGGUUUUAUUUAAUAUAAAGUACAAUUUUUAUUUAAUUGAUGCACUUAGAAUAAAUAAAAAGGAUAGGCUAAAAAAGCACAUUAAAAAACAAUCUUCACUUAUUAGCCUAAUAUUAGGCUACAUUAUUUCAGAAUGUUAUGUUCCUUAUACUUAAAUGCCUGUAUGGCAUAUAAUUAUGAUUGUUAUAAUUUAGAAUAUAAUGUGAUGAUUCAUAAUAUACUAUUUAUUUUUAUCUAUUUAUUUAAACUACUCAAGCAUUGUGCAUUUCAUGAACUUUCCCACAUGAAUUUCUCGGCCAAAUGUUUCCUCCAUUACAAUGAAUGUUUCUGCAGUUAUGCAUCCCACAUAGACCAAGAUCUGUUGUUCAGAGUUAGACUAUAGACUAUGUUAUACUUUAGAGACUUGAAGAAACUGAAAUAUCUUUUGAAAAUUAAAGGAAAGGUGGUACAAUAAUCUUAGUGGCAUAGAUAGGGUUAGUGUCACCCAGGGUUAGGGUUAGUAUCACCCAGGGUGUGCCAGUCUUUUCGCCGCUCCCACCCACAAAAAAACUCUUCAGUUGGCAGAAAAUGCCACACCUCUUUGUAUAGAAAAAAGUGCCUCUGAAGCAGACCACCCCCUCCGCACCCCACUUCCUAAGUCAGUGAAGUAAUCUAUAAGUAAUUUAAAAUGUACAAUUUAUGUCUUCUAACUCAUAAUGUCACUGGCCAGGUAACAGAUGUGGAGAUAUCAAUGUUAGGUUUAAUAACUUAUCUGUAAUUUAAAUGCCAUUUCUGGACUGAAUUACCCUGUCCCAUCCAUCCAUUCAAUACUGAUUACCAUAAAUAACUUUGUACAAUAUAUCCAAUAUACCUCUAGUAGAAACAUUACAUUCUUGUAAAAGAUGCCUCUGAAGUCUUGCAAUAAUUAGUGCAGAUUAAAGUUUGAUAUGCUUACACACUAACACUCAGUUGAUGUAAAAUUAGGAAUUAAAAUAUGCUAAACUGAUUCUGGUGCUAUGAAUAUUAAUCAGUAAGCUAAGUACUACAGCAGUUGUAUUGUGUUUCUUCUCAUUAGAAACCACUGAAUAAAAAUAUAAAUGGCUUCAGCUAACAUUAUCAUACAUAAUUAUUAUGCAUGAGAUAAUUCAUAAUAAUGGUCCAUGUAAAAGUCAACUUAAAACUAGUUUUAAAAGCCCAUGUUUUAGAGCGCUAAAUGUUGGAUGUUUUCUCCCAGGUUCUGGUUCCAAAUCUGAGUACUUUUUAAUUGAUGUAAAAGGGGGAUAAAUGUGAUUUCAAGUUCAAGUGGAUAUUAAAUUGAAUUAAAUGAACAAACCAAAUGAUGACCCCAUUUCAAUGUGUCAAUCAUUCGCCAUCCCAUUAACUAAACAAACUGGUCUUGAUGAGAUGACAUGAAAUAGCCCUUCAACUCAUUAACAACAUAUUAAUUACUGUUACAGCCACAAAGAUUGUUAUUUUAAGUUUAUAAGUAUCUGAUAAAACUUUUUAAAUAGUGCUAACAAACGUAUUUAUUUAUCAAGGUUGAUUAUUUAAGAGUUGAUUAUUUUAUAGAUAAACAAAAAUUUUGUUAACCAGCAUGUUAAAUAGCAUGUGCAGGUAUGUAUAUUUGUUGAUUCACAUUGAUUAACAAUGAAAUCUGAAUGCAUAUUUAAAUCUUUCAGCAAUUCAACGCAGCUGCAGAAGAGGUAAAAAAAUUGACAAAAGACCCCAGUGAUGAAGAGAAGCUAACACUUUAUGGUUUAUUUAAACAAGUAACAGUUGGUGACUGCAAUACCGGUGAGUGAUGUUUGUUCUCUUUAUUGAAAUAAGUAAAAUUAUUUCAACUGAGCUUCAUUUGUUUUUUUUUCAGUUCAGCACUAAAUGAAAGACCAGGACGUCUUAACAAUUUUUACUUGCCUCGUUAUCUUGUAUUUGAAAUAGAUGAUUUGAGGAUCACUUUGAUAUAUUUAAAUACUUAAAAUAAAUAAAAAAUGACAGAAAGAAUAUUUUUCUAUUAUUACAAGACAUUUUUUGCAUUUGCGUUUGAGAUUAAGGACAAAGGUUUCAUCAAAUAACUUUUAAGGAUGAAAAGCUAUAAACUUUAAAAAAUUAAGGGAUGUGAGGAAAUCAGUUACAGUUACAAAGACUGUGAACACAAGUGCAAACCCAACAAGAACUUAUCAGUACAUCAUCACCAAUUCUAGUCAGUUUAUCUGAAAUCAAAAUUUAUAUUUUAAAAUUUUUGGACCAUGUUAAAAGUAUACCAACUUGUCUUUGUGGUGACUAAAGGAUCAUGCUUCCUCUGAGCAUGAAAUAUUUACUUUGCCAUCAUACAAAUUAUGUACAUACAGAUGUACAAAUUUCCUUUUUUUAGAUGAUUAAAUCAUUAACAAUGGACAAUGUCAUCAGAGUUGUCCAGGUUAUCUAUAAAAUUGUUUUAAACAUAAGCACUAAAGUGAUGGAUGCACUUCCCUCUCAUUUUAGAACUUAAAAAAAAAAAGAGAUGUAAGAUUUAAAACAAUAGUAAGUGUCAGUUUCUCAUUGCUUGGAUUCUGCAGGUCGACCAGGUAUGUUUGAUUUGAAAGGAAAGGCAAAGUGGGAUGCAUGGAAUGCAUUGAAAGGUUUGUUAAAAUGAUUUUAUUUGGCAAUUUUCUUAGGGGAGUUAGCUGAAUUAUUAAAUUAAUUUAUCUCAAUAUUAGCAAAAUAUAUUUCACUUUUGAUUUAUUAGACACUUGGCCUUCAUAAUCAAUCUUACAUUAACCCCUUCAUUACCGCUGGGUUUUUUUUUUGGGGCAUCGAUAUUUGCUGACUCAGCAAUAAAAAACACUUAAUUUUUUUGUUUAAAAAUUAAAAAAAAAAAGUUUUCAGUAUUUUCACCCUCUAUUGGAUUUGCUUUUUAACUUGGCUAUAGAUUAACGAAAAAAGAAAAAAAUAUAGCAUUGAAAUAUGACGUUGAUGUGACGUUCUUGGUAUUUUAGAAAAGUUCUUUGCCUCUUUGUUAUGACGACAAUGUAACGUCUUUGGUAAUUGAAAGUGGUGAUCAUGACGUUGCAUCGAUGUCAUCGGUAGAGAAGUGGUUAAGGAUUUUGAAGUGACAAUAUUACUAGGAAUAAGAUUAAUGUUUAAGGAUAGCCAUGUUGUUACGUAGUGACUUGUCAUAUCAUCUAAAUUUAUCCAAUUUGCAGGAAAGUCCAAAGUUGAUGCUCAAAAUGAAUAUGUAAACCAUGUAGAGGAGCUGAAGAACAAAUAUGCAUAGUCGCAUUCUGACAUUUUUAUAGAAUUAUAUAAUUGAAUGGUCAGUAACUUCUUUUUUGUUUGGUUACAAAUUAUAAUUAUAAAUAAUAUUUAGCUGCUGAUAGCAUAGAUACAAGUAAUAUACAUGAAAAAACUUGAUGAUGGAAAGUCUUCACCAUGAGAUGAACAUAAUGUGCAAAGGAGAAAAGAAUGAAAAAUGUAAAAUAAAACAAGAAAAUAUAAAGAUAAAUUAAAAAAAAAUAAUGACCUGCUUCUUUGGGCUUCGAGAAUAAAUGUAUAGAGCUAUGUCUAUUUGCUUUAUAGAUCAGAUAAACUGUAGACAUCACGAUUUUUUGCCUCCCAAACAUUCUAACUGUAUUGCCUUUCAAUUAUCUAUUUUUUAAUAGUAAUAAUAGUCUUCUACAAAUGAAAUAGAGUUACACAGAACUAUUAAUGUUUAGGUUAUUCAGGCAUAUUUUUUUCUACAGGGCCAAGAUGGACAACUUGAAUCCAGGCAAGAGCCAGUUUUUAUUUAAUUGAUUACCCAAAAAUGCUUGCACUUUUACAAAAAUCUAGUUCCCAACAGUUUAUAUGAUUCUAUCCAUCUAUGACAAUCUUCACAUUGGGCAUUUCAAGAUUUCAGACAUUGAAAUAAAUAUUCACAUUAUUCGAACAAGUUUAUUUCUUUCUGUAAUGUUAUUUUAAAAUAAAAUUGUUGUUUGCUUCAUGUUAUUUGAAAUAUCCUCCAUGAUGUAUUCAUUACAAUAUACAAUGUGCUGCAUCGUGCAUGCACUUAAUGACCCAGAAAUCUCCGGUCAUUAUCU